AUGUCCGCCAAAAACGUCCUCAUCAAGCUCAUUGUGGGUGCGGGCCAGGCCGCUCCAGCGCCUCCCGUCGGUCCGGCGCUCGGUUCAAAGGGUGUCAAGGCCAUCGACUUCUGUAAAGAGUUCAAUGCCAGAACCGCCAACUACGCUCCCGGCAUUCCAAUUCCGAUUCUCAUGACCGUGAAACCCGAUAGAUCGUUCCUGUUCGAGAUGAAGUCGCCCCCUACGUCGUGGCUCAUCUUGAAGGCUGCAAAUGCUCCCAAGGGAAGCGAUAAGCCGGGACACAAGUCUGUGGGCACCAUUUCGUUGAAGCACGUGUACGAGAUUGCCAAGAUCAAGAAGACCGACGAGAGACAUAAGGACGUGGAGAUGCGUGCGAUUUGUAGCUCUGUGAUUCUGACGGCUGCUGCUGUCGGUGUCGAUGUGGUAGCAUAG